AACGUCUCUCCGUUUGCCGGAGGUCCACUUGCUCCAAACAUACGCUGGAUGUUGUUGUCCCAGCACCGAGGACGCCGCGUCUAUCACACAUUAGUUUUCAUUCCUCGGACAUCGCAGCAUCAAAGCAAUCGUUAUUUUUAUUUUAUUUGUUUUGUUUUUUAUUAUUAUUUCUUCAGCAUUCAUGAAAUAGCGUGGAAAUUAAUUUGUGUGAUUAAAGAUGAUUUCGCCGUGGGACCGGUGGUACUCGACGAGCUGCUGCCUCUGCUGCCACGUACGGACGGGCACCAUUAUUCUGGGAAUAUGGUAUAUGCUCAUCAAUGCAGUGGUUCUACUCAUCUUGUUGUCGGCUCUCAAUGACCCCAUCCAGUACCGUUACCACCUUACCAGCUCCGAGCUGGGAACAGACAUCGACGUCAUGGACGAUGCAAAUAUUUGCAUAGCCACUGCGAUAUCCCUGCUCAUGAUUCUCAUAUGUGGCAUGGCGACAUACGGUGCUUACAAGCAACACGCUGCUUGGAUCAUUCCAUUCUUCUGCUACCAAAUCUUCGACUUUGCCCUUAACACGCUGGUAGCCAUUAGUGUGGUGGUUUACCCCAACACGGUACAGGACUACCUCCAGCAGCUGCCCGGGACAUUCCCUUACAAAGAGGACAUCAUGUCCACCAACAACAUGUGCCUAGUCUUUGCAGUCCUCCUCUUCAUUGGCUGCAUCCUCUCCUUCAAGGCCUACCUGAUUGGCUGUGUGUGGAACUGCUACAGAUACGUGAGUGGCAGGGGCACAACGGAGGUCCUGGUUUAUGUCACCACCAACGACACCACGUUCAAUGAGCUGACGCCGCUAAAUGUACGAGGUUCUGCUGCCACCAUAUGAGGAGGCUGUGGCCAUCCCGCCCAAGGACCCCCCUCCCCAGUACAUGGAGGCGUGAGGCUCACCCCUUGCUGCUGGAUUAUAUGCCGCACAUGAACCCCCCCCGAACACCUUCUACACUUUCCUCAAACACUAGGACCCCAUCGCUGGCGGCAACGUGUUGAAAAAAAAAAACGAGACGAAACUGCGUCUUAGACUUCAGCUUUGGCUCCUGCCAGCUUUAGACGAGAUUAGGCCGACCCCGAGCCAGAGCCACCACUAACCAAGUCUUCCCCCGUCUGUCGCCGUUACUCGUUGUGACUUAUUGUCGUCCCUCUCGUCUCCGCUGUUCUCCUUCCGGGGACUUUAUCACAGCAACUUUCCGCCAGCCCUCCCUGUGUACAGCUGCUGUUCCCUGAACACUCUGACCCGACCCGACUUUUUUUUGAGUGAAAACUGUCCCCCCAACCCACCCCCCAAUACUGUGAACUACCCUCGUGGUUUUUGUCUAGAAACUACCUGAAGAGAUAUAGCAACAGAGAGAUGGGAAGCGACAUACAUUAUCAGCUAAACGGAAGCACUUUUUUUUCCAAGAAAUUGACAAAAUUUUCUUCAUUGAAUGUAAUGUCGUGGUAUUUUUGUAUGACUUUUUUGUAUAACAGUGGGAGAAAAGGAAAAGCGAAAGGCUGUCCUGUUGUGAUGAAACAUCACGAUGUAGUUUGUCCUGCUGGAAACCACAUUGUAAAAGGUUCCUCGACCGAUAACGUCUUCCUUUUGUAGCCGCGCUCCACGUAAACCUGUACUCUUUUCUCCCGUUAUUCCUGUUUGCCUUCCUGCUCGUCCUAGUUGUGAUUUACACGUUCACACACUACAGGUCCGCAUCCAGAGAGGCAAUACACACGAAAAGUAGAGCGUGAAAAUGUUGAGACUGCAUCGACUGUGUCUUUAUUUCUAUAACGUGGAUCGCGGCGUUUAAUCGGAUCUUUUUAGUUGAGCUAACUUAGCUGGACUGAGGGCAUUUUCUCGCAAAGCCUGCGCGACGUGCUGCCGCACACGCAGAGACUCUGUACAUGUUUUUUUGUGAGCGCGCUCGUCUGCUUGUGACCUUAUGAUGUAACUCCCAGGUCCUUUGUAGACACAUGUAGACACAUUUGUUACAUGUUUGUUUACACACGCGCCGUGAAAUCGUGAUGAGGUAUUUCUGGGGGCUGGUGACCUUUUUAAAAUGAACAUCAAAUGAGAAUCUAAAGCAGGUUUUUUUUUAGCUCCGUUUAGUAGCACAGAAAAGUAGAUAAACACCACAUGAAAGUAGCUGAACUGUGCAAAGGAAGGAAAUUUGUGACAGAUGACUAUAGAGCAAAUAAUCUUACUCUUUGUACCGACAGAAACGUUCAUUCAGACUAUGCAACAGAGCAUUCACCGACUCAUUCAACCUGGAAACACAUGAAGUAGUUCGACUCUAUUUGAUACUGAUGCUGUAGUUGAUGCUGUAGCCAUUCGUCUGCCCCUCCAUCCUCGUCCCCCGUGUGAAUCGCGACCCCCGCUUCUGCAAAUCCAACAGAGCUGAAAAUAAAAUUGCACUUUAAAGUCAGCGUGAGCUCACUGAGAAAAAGAUGUAUUCGUGUUUUAGUCAUCUUUGCCGUGUUAGUCCGUAGCUGAGGGGUUGUAACAUGACGUCUGUGUGGAUGAUACGAGCUUCUCAACUGUGAAUCGGUGUAGUCGUGUUCGUGUGGUCUGUUUUGAGAGCUGCAGAUUUCGUUGUGUUUUUCUUUUAAGGUUUGCACAGUACGUCGACCAGUGGACGGCUCUUUGUGUUUGUCACCGCGAGACUGUUCUGCUCUCUCCUCUUGUUGGAUCUGCAUGAGCUCAUGUCAUGUCUUCAAUUCAGAAUAAUAAAAAGCUAAUUCAAACCGUG